UCUAUUUCAGUUUUCAGUUACCACGUCUUUCCCGUUUGCUUUUUCGAAAGGCACCGGUCCCAACAUGUAGUCUAAGCUAAAUGUCUGUUGGUUGGUUUAAUUCAAAAUGUAAUUUAAGCUUUGCCCACUUUGAAAGGACUUUUUUUUUCCUUUUUUUGCGAAACAAUUGCGCUACAUCGCACAAAGCACCAUUUUAGCAUUCGUGUGAAGUCUUAAGUAAUAUCCGUCCGGAUGAUUCAUUUGUCUGAGAGACCGUGACCAGAGCGGCCGGCGGACACCGAAGGAGCCCGAUUUCCCUUCCCAUCACACAGGAAUCUCGCUGCAACACGAGACCAGCAAACCCGAGAGCUUAUCACCACCACCACCACCACCAGCGUCAUCACCAUCAUCAUGUCGGUACCGCAGGCUCGCGCGGCAGCAUCCUCCCUUCAGUUAUGCAGGCCUCAGAGCAGAAAGGCAGUUGAUGAAGUGGAUAAGACGACAGCGGUGGUGGAGAAACGUCAAGCGAGUCAAAGUCAGCAAGUCAGCAGAGAUGUCAGAGAAAGUGGGGAGGCUGGAGCUGAGCAGGGCAGCAAAUACCAACUCAGCAGGAUCAUGCGGCCAGACGAUGCCAACAUCGUUGGCAACGUCCACGGCGGCAUCGUCCUCAAGAUGAUUGAGGAAGCUGGAUGCAUCGUCGGUACGCGACACUGCAACACACAGAACGGGGAACGCUGUUUGGCAGUUCUGGUUCGGGUGGAGAAGACCGAGUUCCUGUCCCCCGUGUUCAUCGGUGAGGUCGCCCACGUCACGGCUGAGAUCACGUACACUUCCAAGCACUCACUGGAGGUGCAGGUCAAAGUCAUGGCUGAGAACAUCCUCACAGGUGCCAAAAAGCUGGCCAACAAGGCAGCGCUGUGGUAUGUCCCCUGCUCUCUGAAGAAUGUCGACAAGAUUAUGGAUGUGCCGCCCAUCAAGUAUGCCAGUGCAGAGCAAGGGGAGGAGGGCAGGAAGCGCUACGAGGCUCAGAAGAUGGACAGACUGGAGACCAAAGCAAGGAUUGAAGAGGUGGUGUCACCUCCACCCAACCCAGAACAGCACACUGUUGGUUUCAGCCAGUCCAGUCUGAUCCAUCUGGUGGGACCUUCUGACUGCACACUACACGACUAUGUUCAUGGAGGUGUAACCAUGAAGCUGAUGGAUGAGGUCGCUGGCAUUGUGGCAGCUCGGCACUGCAACACCAACGUUGUCACUGCCUCUGUGGAUGCCAUCAAUUUCCAUCGUAAGAUCAAGAAAGGCUGUGUGGUGACGGUGACAGGGCGUCUCACAUUUGUCAGUAACAAGUCAAUGGAAAUUGAAGUGUUGGUAGAUGCUUCCUCGCUGGUGGAGACAGAAAAAGGGAAAUAUCGUGCUGUGUCUGCCUUCUUCACCUUCAUCUCCCUGGACAAGGACAAUAAGCCUCUCCCUGUUCCUCCUCUUAAGAUUGAAGGAGAGGAGGAGCAGAAACGUUCUGAGGAAGGCAAAGCGCGUUACCUCCACAACAAAGCAAAGAGACUUGCAGACAAGGAGCGCCAGGAGUGACGCCAUUGUUCACCAGAAUUUAAUGCCUGCAACAAUAUUAUAUCAACCCCACACAACACGCGUACAGAAUGAAGGAAAUAAAAACCCUCUCUCCUGUUCUGUAAUUGUAGCCUCCUCUUAAACCUAAACCUGUGAUUAUUUAUUCCUGUGCUACACACCAAAGUGUCCACAUAUAGCUCUACAUGUAUGUAAAAGUAAAAGUACAUAUUUUAAUUUUUGGGGAGAUUAUUAUUGAUGUAUGAAGACUAUUCAUGAUCACUGUCAGUGCAAAGUGACAGUCUGACUGUAUGUAUAAGUAAGAGUACUAUUUUGACUAAAGAAGAUUUUUAAGUAUGAAGACUUCAUGAUUGGUGUCAGUGCAACGUUAUAGUCUGAGCGCAAGGAAAAUGAUGAAUAAGUGGGUGAAUAAUAAUGAAUAAAAGA